CGGGGUGGUGCCUGAGGCGGCGGCGGCUCCCGCUCCUUCCUGCGGGCCCGCUCUGCUCCGCCCUCGCCGAGAUGGCGGCCCUGGCUGUAAACAAGGCCGGGCCGGAGGGCGGCCGCGGGCCCAGCGGUGGUGGUCGCGGCCCGGCGGGCGCUGCGGUGAAGGUUCUUGAGUGUGGCGUCUGUGAAGAUGUAUUUUCUUUGCAAGGGGACAAAGUUCCCCGGCUGCUUUUGUGUGGUCAUACUGUCUGCCAUGACUGUCUUACCCGGCUUCCCCUUCACGGCAGAGCAGUUCGUUGUCCUUUUGAUCGACAAGUUACUGAACUAGGAGAUUCUGGUGUCUGGGGAUUGAAAAAGAACUUUGCUUUGUUGGAACUCUUGGAACGGUUGCAGAAUGGACCUGCUGGGCAGUAUGGGACAGCUGAAGAAGGCAUUGGUCUGUCUGGAGAGAGUAUCAUUCGUUGUGACGAAGAUGAAGCCCACGUUGCCUCCGUGUAUUGCACUGUUUGUGCCACUCACCUGUGUGCAGACUGUUCCCAGCUCACUCACUCUACUAAGACUCUAGCAAAGCACAGGCGUGUGCCCCUGGCUGACAAGCCUCACGAGAAGACGAUGUGCUCCCAGCACCAAGUGCAUGCCAUUGAGUUUGUUUGUUUAGAAGAGGGCUGUCAGGCGAGUCCUCUCAUGUGUUGUGUCUGCAAAGAGUAUGGGAAGCAUCAAGGUCAUAAGCAUUCUGUCUUGGAACCAGAAGCGAACCAGAUUCGUGCAUCCAUUUUAGACAUGGCUCACUGUAUAAGAACUUUCACAGAAGAAAUCUCAGAUUAUUCCAGGAAAUUAGUUGGAAUUGUUCAGCAUAUAGAAGGAGGAGAACAAAUAGUUGAAGAUGGAGUUGGAAUAGCCCAUACCGAACAUGUACCAGGAACUGCAGAGAAUGCUCGCUCGUGUGUCCGAGCCUAUUUUUCUGAUCUUCAUGAAACCCUUUGUCGUCAGGAGGAAAUGGCUCUUAGUGUUGUUGAUGCUCAUGUGAGAGAGAAGUUGAUUUGGCUUAGGCAACAGCAAGAAGACAUGACUAUUCUCCUGUCACAGGUUUCAACAGCUUGCCUUCACUGUGAAAAGACUUUGCAACAGGAUGACUGCAGAGUAGUGUUGGCCAAACAGGAAAUUACGAGAUUGCUGGAGACAUUACAGAAACAGCAGCAGCAGUUUACAGAACUUGCAGAUCACGUACAGCUGGAUGCUAGCAUACCUGUCACUUUUACAAAGGACAACAGGGUACAUAUUGGACCAAAAAUGGAAAUUCGGGUUGUUACUUUAGGAUUAGAUGGAGCUGGCAAAACAACUAUUUUGUUUAAAUUAAAGCAAGAUGAAUUCAUGCAGCCAAUUCCAACAAUAGGUUUUAACGUUGAAACAGUAGAAUACAAGAAUUUAAAGUUUACUAUUUGGGAUGUAGGAGGAAAGCACAAAUUGAGGCCUUUGUGGAAACAUUAUUAUCUCAAUACACAAGCCGUGGUGUUUGUUGUUGAUAGCAGUCACAGAGACAGGGUCAGUGAAGCAUACAGUGAACUUGCAAAAUUAUUAACAGAGAAGGAAUUGCGGGAUGCCUUGCUCUUGAUCUUUGCUAAUAAACAGGAUGUGGCAGGUGCUCUUCCAGUGGAAGAAAUCACAGAACUUUUGAGUCUCCACAAGCUGUGCUGUGGCCGUAGCUGGUAUAUUCAGGGUUGUGAUGCCCGAAGUGGUACAGGACUGUAUGAAGGAUUGGACUGGCUUUCAAGGCAGCUAGUGGCUGCUGGUGUCCUGGAUGUGGCUUAACUUUGCAUCAGCUGCAAUUUAACGUUGUAGUUUAUGAUUUCAUUCUGUUUGCACAAUUUAGGGUGUUGUCACCAGGUCUGCUCUUUGAAGGGGGGACUUGAUUUAAGUCGGUGGUUACAAAAAAAUAUAAACUUUGUCCUAGAUUGGAUAAUUGGUUGAGUAAAUUCAUGUCAUUGUAGUGAUUUUGAAAGUUGAUACAUUUAGUGGGAAUGGAGGAGUGUUACAAGGAUGCCUGAAAUUCCUUUUCAUGCUAUUGUUACAAUUUAAAUUUUUGCCCUGAUAAAAUGUGCAUUGGAUUUCAUGUAAUAAUUAUAAUGAGGUUACAGUAGUUAAUUUGUGUUACAAAAAUUCUGAGUAGUUUAGUGAAAAUAUGAAAGUAUUCCAAAGUCCAUUUCAAGUUUAUUAGAAUAGCCAGUUCUAUUAGUUAGAAAUAAAUGGUGCUACUCUUUAAUAUCAAAAGAAUCCAUAAAUGCAAAGGUGGCAUUGAAACUUACAUGCAGAUACACCAUGUAAAGAAAAUGCUUCCCUUAUUAUUUAUUAACCUCCUUAUGUGUUACAGGAAGGCAGCAUAACUGCACAAAGAAAACUCAGAAUAGAGAAAAGUGUUGCAGAGCAAAGGAGCUGUGGCAUUGUUUAGCAACUUGUUUUAUAUCUGGGGCAGGGGUUAGUUGGUUUUUUCACACUGAAUUAUUUAUGGACAUACUGUAGUGAUACUGAGGUGAAAGUGGGGACAUAAUCUGCCUUUAGAGAUUAAGUUUACUCCUCAAGAAGUCAAAUUAAAUUAAAAAACAAAAAACUUCUUAAAGUAGUGUGGGGUAAUGUCAGUCCAGCUAUGUGCUUUUAUGUAGAAGUCAUGAUUCCAGAUUAAGGUAGUGGCCUUAAAAUAUUAAAUAACACAAUGUAAAACCAGUGAACACUAAUUAUAAGUCUUUAGAAGGGUAGAUGGUAAAAUGUGAUAUAAACCUUCCAUAAUUAGAUUUUCAGUUUUUACUGUAUCUUCUACAUGGAACUGCCACCAAUGCCUCUAUUUUUGAAGAUUACUCAUUCACAAACCCAUGAAAUACGGGUGUAGUGCUGUUUAAAUUUAGAGAAGGUUGCAGUGACAUAGUGAUACCUCUUUUCUGCUGGACGUGCAGCUCUGCGAACAAUUUUAUCUGUCUGGUAUGCACACCAGAAUCUUCUUCCCUUCUGUCUAAGUCCAUGCCCCUGCCAACUGAAGAAGCCAUGCCAGGGACCAUCUUCAUGUUGGUAGAGGAGCUACAACUGUGAGCAGCAGAUCAAAACUCUGUAUCAUCACUCUCCUCACUGGAGAAGAGGUGAAUCAGGAGAACCAAAUGGUGCAAGUGAACAGUGUUGUUGAACAGACAUGGAGGUAUUUUUGGCAUGCUGAAAAGUGUUUACCUGUGAGAGUUUUAAAUGUCACCUAGCACAGAAAGUGUAUCCCAUUAUCUGUGGCAUUGCUUUCAUUGUAUUAUUAGGAAUUUUAUGUUGUUUUCCUGCUACAUACCUUAGGUAAAGCCAAGAAUGUAUAAACAAAUAAUUAAUACAUUUGCACUUUUUAUCUAGAGGAAGCAGUUAAUGUAACUACUUCCUUAUAAUGACACUUGGAGUAUUCUUGUUACUUUAAUUUCAGGUAAAUUAUGUUAAAUGCAGCUUCAGAUUCAGCAAGUCUAACGACUUGAAUACCUGAAAGAACACUAAAGUAGUUUAAUGUUUGUGAUCUUCAAUGCAUGUACAGGUAUUGAGACAGAGUAUUUACUCUUUCUUUAGACAACCUGAUAAAUCUGGAAAUUGUUUGUAAUGGAGUGAAAGGUGGGGGGUUUGUACAUACCAAACUUCAAAUGGUUCAUCCUUCCCAGCUAUAACUUCUUGCACAAUACACAGUUGGUGGCUGUGACUUGAGCAUCUGCUUAGCCUGUACAGCAGAGCAAUCCCUGACCUGGGUUGGGCUGACUGUUCACAGCUCUUUUUGAAAUAUGAACAAGUUCUGCAAAGUACGGUAGAUACCUUUUCCUGUAAUAUUUUUAACAGAAGAAAUGCAUCCUUUAGAUUUAUUUGGAA